GUCGACACUCUCUUUGAUGUCAUCGUGCAGGUGCACGCCCGGAUGGGGGCGAAGCAGGCCGUGUCGCUCGUGGAGUCAUUGGAGCGGCUGAGCGCGGAGGGCAUAACAGUUGGCACGGUCUGCUCUGGCUCGGACAUGCCGCUGUGCGUGCCCCAGAAGCUGUGCGACUUCUGGGAGGCGAACUUCAACAUCAGGCCGGCGAUCGCCCACGCGUUCAGCUGCGAUAUCUCGCCGAUGGCCCAGCAGUUCAUCCUGAGGCACCACGCCCCCCGCUACCUCUUCGGGGACAUCGCCGAGAUGGGCAAGGACAUGGCCUUCGACGUCAGGAGCCAGGAGUUGAAGCCCGUGCAGCGCGUCACCGUGCUUAUCGGCGGCACCGAGUGCGAUAACUUCUCGGGCUUGAACUUCAGCACCAGGGCUGGCGAGGACGGCUGUGCAGCGUCGGGGUCAGGGAAAUCUGGUACCACCCUGAAAGGGUAUAUGGGGUAUGUGGAACGGCAUCUCCCGCUGCUGGCCCUGUGGGAGAAUUCAGACAAGACGAAGGCCGUGGACAUCGAGUACAUGUGCCAGUUCCUGGCUCGCUUGAACUACGUCGUCACGUGGGAGAAGGUGGACGCGAGCGACUUCAGCCCGCAGUCGAGAACCAGGAUUUAUUUGAUCGCGUGGCAUUCCAGGCACUUGGCCCACUUGAGGGAGCUGAGGACCAAGGAUCUCACGGCCGAGGAGCGGGGGCAGAUCGCGGCGGAGUCGUGGUUGCCGUCGGUGUUCCAGCAGCUGCACUCGUUCGCUGGCAUCGGCGGCAAGCUGGAGAGCUUCCUUCUCCCGGAUUCCCACGAGGAGGUCAGGGAGUGGCGCGCCCACCGCAUGCAGACUAAAACGGAGGCCGCGGACAAGAAGGGCAGCGCCAAGGCGGGCGCGGACCAGAAGUACGAGGACGAGCACUUGGAGCUCUUCAGCGCCGCGGGCCUCAAGUGGCCCCCGAACUACAAGGACGCGGGCUUAGAGGAUGUCGUUGCCCACUUGCCUCGUCGGUUUGCCGAGUGCGUCAUGUACCGCGACUCUCGCAUCGAGUUGAAGAAGGAGAGCUCCGAGAGGAUCAUCGACCUCAAUUCGCGCCUCGACUGGCAGAGAGUGGGGCCGCCGGUGCCGUGCCUCGUCUGCACGGGGAGGCCGUGGCUGGUAAAGAGGCAGCGGGAUCUCACCGGAGCGGAGGCGAUGAACUUACAGGGCUACAUGUACCAGGAUCUCAUGUUCGGGCCGACCUUCCGCAUGAGCAACGCGGAGUUGUUCCAUGUGGCCGGGAACGCGAUGUCAGGCUUCAUAUUGGCCCCCCUCUUCGCGUCGCUGUUUUCGAAGGCUACCUUGUGGUUCGACGGCUUCACGAGGGGCCUCGGCGACACCGUGGACGCGCCCGACUCGGACGUUGACAUUGACGGCGACGUCGUCAUCAGCUCAGGAUCCGAGAGGGAUGAGGGCGCGGAUCUUGACGAGGAGUCCGACCUUCCCGCUGUCAGCGACUCUGGCAGCGAGGGGCCCGAGAUUUGA